GGAUUUAACUUUGUGCUCCACCCCAUGAUACAAAGACACGUUUAUUUAGUCUGUUCCCACUGUGAAAGUUAUUCCCAGCCGGAGGAGGACAGACUGUGACAGCCCAUCUUCAACCCAACAAACCCAAUCUGCUUUUGAAACAGUAGUCGGCGUGCUGAGCCAGGAGCUAACCAGUAGCUCUCUGUGUGUGUGUGAGACCUGGGACACCGAGGCGAAGGGGAGAGCUCAUUCCACAACACGGCAGUCCUCCAUGGCUCUGUGCAACGGAGACAGCAAGCUGGAGAUCAGCAGCGCAGAGCAGAAUGGAUCAUGUGAGGGGGCGGUGGCGAUCCUGGAUGCUGGGGCCCAGUAUGGCAAGGUGAUUGACAGGCGGGUGCGAGAGAUGUGUGUACGCUCUGAGAUCCUCCCUUUAGAGACCCCAGCCUUUGCUAUCAGAGAACAGGGCUACAGGGCAAUCAUCAUUUCAGGAGGUCCAGCCUCUGUGUAUGCUGAAGAUGCCCCCUGGUUCGACCCUGCCAUAUUCACCAUAGGAAAGCCUGUCCUUGGGAUUUGCUAUGGGAUGCAGAUGAUGAAUAAAGUUUUUGGCGGCACGGUGCACAAAAAGAGUGUAAGGGAAGAUGGAGUAUUUAGUAUUGGACUGGACAACACUUGCUCUCUCUUCAGAGGUCUUCAGAAGGAGGAACUGGUCCUGCUUACCCACGGAGACAGUGUGGAUAAAGUGGCUGAGGGCUUUAAAGUGGUGGCCCAAUCAGGGAACAUCGUUGCUGGCAUUGCUAACGAACAGAAGAAGCUGUAUGGGACACAGUUUCACCCUGAAGUCGACUUGACGGAGAGAGGCAAUGAGAUGCUGCGAAAUUUCCUGUUCGAGAUCGCAGGAUGCACGAAUAAUUUUACCGUACAGAACCGCCAACAGGUCUGCAUCAACGAAAUCAGAGAAAAAGUAGACAAGUCUAAAGUACUGGUGCUGCUGAGCGGUGGUGUAGACUCAACCGUUUGCACAGCUCUCCUCAACAAAGCUCUUAACCAGGACCAGGUGAUAGCAGUUCACAUCGACAACGGCUUCAUGAGGAAGAGAGAGAGUCAGAGUGUGGAGGAGGCCCUCACCAAGCUGGGAAUCAAACUCAAAGUGGUAAAUGCAGCUCACACCUUCUACAACGGAACAACAACACUCCCCAUCUCUGAUGAGGACAGGACGCCACGAAAACGCAUCAGCAAGACUUUGAAUAUGACUACCAACCCUGAGGAGAAAAGGAAAAUCAUCGGAGAUACAUUUGUCAAAGUGGCAAAUGAAGUGAUAGGGGAGAUGAAUCUGAAGCCAGAAGAGGUUUUCUUGGCCCAGGGCACCUUGCGGCCUGAUCUCAUCGAGAGCGCCUCUCAUAUUGCCAGCGGCAAGGCAGAGGUCAUCAAAACACACCACAACGACACUGAGCUCAUCCGCAAACUCAGAGAUGAGGGGAAAGUAAUCGAACCACUGAAAGAUUUCCAUAAAGAUGAGGUCAGAGCGCUGGGGAGAGAGCUGGGCCUGCCAGAGGAGAUUGUGUCCCGACACCCUUUCCCUGGUCCUGGUUUGUCUAUCAGAGUGAUUUGUGCAGAGGAGCCCUACAUCUGUAAAGACUUUGCUGAGACAAACAACAUCCUAAAAAUCGUCACAGACUUCUCUGCAAGCGUCAAAAAGCCCCAUGCCUUGCUGCAGAGAGUCAAGUCGUGCAUAUCAGACGAGGAGGAAGAGAAGCUCAUGCAGAUCACCAGCCUUCAUUCACUCAAUGCCUUCCUGCUGCCCAUCAAAACUGUCGGCGUCCAGGGUGACUGCCGGUCAUACAGUUACGUGUGUGGUGUCACAAGUAAAGAGUCUCCACACUGGGAAUCCCUCAUGUUCCUGGCCAGACUCAUCCCUCGCAUGUGCCAUAGCAUCAAUAGAGUUGUGUAUGUGUUUGGGUCCCACGUGAAGGAGCCGCCAACAGACAUUACCCCAACCUUCCUGACCACAGGCGUUCUGAGUACGCUCAGACAGGCUGACUUUGUAGCUCACUCUAUCCUUAGAGAGUCUGGCUAUUCCAGUAAGAUCAGUCAGAUGCCGGUCAUCCUGACCCCCCUGCACUUUGACCGUGAUCCACUGCAAAAACAGCCAUCCUGUCGGCGCUCUGUGGUGGUCCGCACCUUCAUCACCAGCGAUUUCAUGACCGGCAUCCCUGCCAUGCCGGGCAACCAUAUCCCAGAGGAGGUGGUGCUGAAGAUGGUGAAUGAGAUCAAGAAGAUCCCAGGCAUCUCCAGAGUCAUGUACGAUCUGACCUCCAAACCACCCGGAACCACAGAGUGGGAAUAAAUCACAACGUGACGUUGUACCGAGAGGACACCCACUCACACACAAUGCACAAACACACUCAACAGAUAUCAGAGAGGGCUGGUGAACUCCUCUCCUUUUCUGUCCUUCCUCCCUCCCUAUCCUUCCUCACCCCCUCCCUCCCUCCCUCCUGUACCUCCACCCCUCUCUUCAACAUUCCCAACGGAAGGCAGACCGUACUGUGACGGGCGCACAUGCAAAGGCGCUACUCUUCUGCUCUCCCCACCACUCCUCCCUGGUCUUAAUAUUUUUGGCGAUAGGGAUUGAUUAAUGUUGGUUAUUGAUAAUAUAUUGUCAUUUUUGAUCCAUGUACAUCAAUGUAUUUCCUCUCUACAAUGAAAAGGUAAAUUGCUGCUUCCUUUUUUGCAAGGUCAACCAUUAAAGGCGAGCGGCGAGAAGCUGUGAAAGUCCAGACAGUGGACUUUGAUGUUGUGCCUCAGGUUGCAUUGUGGGGUGAGCUUAACAUGAAAACAAGCAAACAAAUGUGUCAUGAAAUGAAAGAACAAAAGAAGAGUUUCAGCAAUUGUUUUUCGGCCUUUUUAUGUCAGAUGUUUUUGUUUCACUGUUGUAGGUCAGAAUGUUCUCAACCUAAGACUAUCCUCUCUAUUGGUUCAUUUUCACUUUCUGCCUGUAUACUGUGCUAUGAAGACGGUUGUCUGUUUUUAAAGUGAAACUGAACAACCUAUGUGACCAAUCAAUAAUUUUUAAGCUUUUUGUUUUGCCAAAAGUAGAAUAUGCUGUGGUGAUACAUAAUGUUGUGGGCUCCUCGGACGAUCUUCUCCAAGCUACAUUUGUUGACAAAAGCUCUUGACCUGCUGCUGCGCCACAUCGUGGACGGCAGUCGAACCAAGAUUAGCUUCAGUAUGAUGACUAGUGUGCAGGUGUGCCGGAGGCCAAUAUGAUGGGUAACUUUGUAUGUGCCUGUUCUAUUGUUUUUGUUUAUUUCUUUGGUGUGACCCGACCUGGACUCUUAACGUUUCCAGAAAAGAGGAUAUAACACCGUUUUUCCUCAUGCUGCAAUAUGUAUGCUUUUUAUGAAGAAUAAACAUGGCAAGAGGACUAACUAAUAACAGAAUUAUAAGUACAGUAGAGUUUAUAACCACAUUGUGUAAAUUGCUGUUGUUGUUACAUCAUUAUUUGGCUGCUCUUUCGUUGUGCAGGGGCACAUUUUUGCACAUUUUCACCCGUAAAGCCUCGGUGCUUUAUCCAUUUAACAGAAUUGUACAUCCAGUGGGAACUUCACCUCUUUAAGUGUCGCUCUGUAGUGUCAAAGGUCAGGUUCAAGAGUACUGUCUGUUGCCAUCUCUAACAUACUGUGUCCCAGAAAGGCAUUAACCACAUCAUUUUUUUUAAUGCUCAAAACAUUCAGCACAUUAUAAUCUCUCGUCUUGUCAUUUAGACCUCAGUGAAUACAGUGCUCAGGUUUAACUGAGAUUUAAAGUGUAUCGUACCCUGAUAGAGACAUUUCACUCGGACGCAGUGGUUCUCAUGCCUCCAGAAUUUGUCUUUGUGCCUCUCAUCCUCUGUUAUCUCCUUUAACCUGUAGUGGCAAAAAUACUCCUAAUGCAAAAUGAAUGGUUUUCCUAACUUGUCUUAACUGCUAUUAGUGUUCCUCCCUCUGUUUGGCCUUUUAUACGUGCGUAUUUUUCUGUUACAUGUCUCCAUAGAAAAACAACAGCUUGAUAAUAUUGGACACAUAAUUUUCUAGUUGGAUUUAAUUGCAAUAUCGAUAAGAUUAAGUUAUGCAAUUUAAUGUCUGAUGGGUUUUUUCUCGUUGUUUGUUUUGUUAUUUUAAUUUUUUUUUUUGUUCAACGCUCAUUCUCCUUAGUAACGUGCCUCAAACCAAGCCACUGCAUGCAGUUUCAACUAUGAUGACAUUUGUACAAUGGAAAACUGAGCUUUAAUAAAGAUCUCCAUGUUGAAACUUCUCACUUCUAUAA